AUGGAAAGGAAGCGGGGUAAUGAAGUGAUCUCCUUUGAUAAUUACGCAAUGAUUGCGGGUUACCUUAAGGGGCCGCUCCGAUGGACGGUUCGCGAUAAUGGCCACGAGCUGGGGGCCAACACCGUUUGCGGAUAUUAUGAAACAUCUGCCGACGAGCGGAGUGAGCUAUACCCAUUAGCGGGAGACAUUAGCGAGAAGCACUCAUCGCGU